CUUGGCGCAGGCGGGUACGGAUUCGUCAUGACUGCGCGCCAUAGGCUGGAACAGUGCGAGGUCGCGGUUAAGUUUAUUAUCAAGGCGAAGGUGCCGGACCAUGCAUGGAUGGAGGAUCGGAGCGGACAUAGGGUUCCGACUGAGGCGUUGUUGCUGGGCCUAUUGGACCACGAGAAUAUCGUCAAGUGUCUAGACUUGUUCGAGGACGAUCUCUAUUUCUAUCUCGUACCGUUCCUCGAACCUCCGGUUGCUCCGUCCGCAAGACCGGCAGUCGUACGUCGUCCUUCACACGACCUGUUCGAAUGUAUCGAACAGUCGAAGCAUAAACGACUUUCGGAGGAUCAGGCGAGAUAUAUCUUCGCACAGGUGGUCGAGGCCGUUUAUUACCUCAACAGCCAGGGCGUGACGCAUUGCGAUAUCAAGGAUGAGAAUAUUUUAGUCGAUAGUGACCUCAAGGUCAAACUGGUCGAUUUCGGCUCUGCCGUCGUCACCGACCCCAACUGCACCCGUCCCUACUACACCCUUUUCUUCGGCACCACAGCCUACGCCGCCUCUGAAGUCCUCCUCAAAAGACCCUACCGCGCACCGCCCGCAGAGAUAUGGACUCUUGGCGUCCUACUCUCCUACCUUCUUACGGGAAACUCGCCGUUUCCGACGGAGAGGGACGCGAUCAAGGGUAGGGUGGUAAUGACGGAGAAAAGCGCGUCGUGGCUGGGCGAGGGGCCCAUGGACAUUAUGAUGAGGUGUCUGGAGCCAGAACCGGAAUAUAGGGCGGUGAUUGAAGAGGUCAGGGGACAUUGGUGGUUGGAAGGGGCGCUGGAGUAUGGGAGGAGCGACAGGGAGGAGGUCUGAGUAAAUGAUUUACAGUUUGAGGGGUGGGGUAUGGAUCGGCUUUUCGAUCUCGUGGCUGGUCUUAAAUGUCUUUCUCUGCCGGACUCUGGGUCGACUCGUUUCUCUUUCGGUCUCUUCCCUCUCGACUGGCGCUCUCUGUCGUUCUCGUUGGCUCAGUUAUACCUGCAUGGUCCCGGUUCUUAUAUCUUCGACUC